AUGGAAGAGGUGAAACGAGAAUCGGCGGAACUCGUGAAUGGUCUUACGAAAAUAAACUUCCAACACUGCUUCGCGCAAUGGAAGAAACGAAUGAAACGGUGUGUGGAGAGUAUAGGAGAGUAUAUUGAAGGAGAACAUUCGGUUGUGGAAUAUUUUUUAAAAUAAAACCAUUUUCAUAAGCAGUCUCGUUAUUUAAUAGCCAGACCUCGUAUAUUAAAAGUAGGCACUAUUAUAUUUUCUAUUGUCAAAUACCUGUCAAACGAUUUUGCUCAGGUGUCAACCUCGUUUGUAAAACCGUACAAUGUGAUACUGCAGACAAUGCACACGACACUGAAGUACUCGCUACUCAGACUACGCUUACAUGGUAGAGACAACGAGGCCAUUUACGAUAAAUUUCGCAGGAAUCUGGACAUCGAACGGCCCACGUACACCAACCUGAAACCAGCUAAUUGGAUAGAUAGUGUCAUCAAUCACAGCGCCGCAUCUGACGUCGUCGUGGAUUCACUUUUCUUGUGCACCGGUUAUAUAAACUGAGAAGGUAUCGUAGGACACCAGCUUCUCGGGCAACUAUCCGUGACCGAUAUAGCCAACUCCAAACUGGCAAAACAGAUAAUCAAGUACUUUCCGCAUCAUGGCAAGUCCAUGGUGUACUACAUCAUGUACCGUGAUAACGUGGUGUCCAAAGACGUGAUCUCGACCUUAGUCACAAGACCAAGAAAACGAUAA